GGAGGAUGGCGGCGGCGGCGGUGGUGCCUGCUUCCCGCCCGGCGGGGCCCGGAGCUGCCAAGUGGGAAAGCGAUCACUUCUGGCUCUGCUUGCUGGCCUUGGGCUUCAAUCCGAAAUGUCACGAAGGCGUAAGGCUGGGGAGGGAUAUGUUUGCUAAACCAAAUGGCCGAGGGUUUGCUGUCGUCGUCCGCUUCUUGUUCACUAAGCUGGAUAAGCACCGUGCAAGACAAGUUUUUGAGCAAUCUGGAUGGAGAAAACUACCAAGUCCUAGAUUUAGGAAGCACUGCUGGAUGUGGCUAAGAGAAAUUGCAAAGCAAAAGGAAAUCGAUCUGGAUCUUCCCCGAAUUACCCCUUCCGCACUGAUUUGUCCUGGCGGUGCCAAGUUUGUUCACAUGAUCUAUUGCUUGGCAAGAUACGUCGUGAUUGAGGAGAUGAAAAAGCUCUCUGUAGGCACUGGUAUACCUUUUGCUGAAGCUAUCGUGCGGAGACCUAAGGAUCUGUACAUGGCAAAAGCCAGACACAGAGUCGCAUACAAUAAACUGCUGCAAACACUGCAACAGAAAGACUUCGUUUUGCAAGAAUACAGGAGAAGAGCAGGGAUUUUAAAGAGAGAAAUACAGCAGACAAAGGCUGAAUGUGAAGCUGCACAGGAGCAGUUAGCUAGGAUGAAUCAAAAUGGUCAGAACAAAAAUGACACAGCUGAGAAAAUUCAGAAGGUCCGCAGCAUGUGGGCACUGAUAGUGGAAGCGCUGACAUCUCUGAGAAGGGAGAAGGAGGUUGUGGAUUCUGUACUUGCAGACUGUGCUAACCCACGUGUUCUAGAUGGAACUGAUGUUGUUUUGAGUGUCCCAGCACUGCUGACUCACACGGUUGAAAGUAAUAAAUAUGGCUUUUGUACAGGAAAUUUAUAUGAAGGUGGAAAACUGAAUUUCCUAACAGUUAUUCAGUUACUAAAUGAAGCCCUGAUGACAUUGAGAGAUGAACAUUGUCCAUGUGAAUUAAAAACACUUCACAGAAUUGAGGACUUGGUGACAUCCUACAAGAAUGUACUACAUUCUUGUAAAAGCCUGUGCAGAACGCAGCAGCAUUGUGAGCCAAAUGUUCAGUCUGUUUCCAGAGAGCAGGAAACCUGGGAAUCAAAGUGGAAAACAGUUCUUGGCCAGUGUCCUUCAAAUUUAAUCUUUCAAGAUGGUCUACAACCUUUGGAAGCUUCAUCACUCCAGUCUUUCAGUUCUUCAGACGAAGAUGAGCACCCUGUCUUUUGUCAGUCAUUUUCAGAUAAUGAUGACUCUUGUCAUGAAGAAUGCCAUGGGAAGAAUGAUGGGGCUUUAGAAGCCAUGAAGGAUACAGGAUUAAUACCCUCAAAAAGCUGCUUUCUCUCUCCCUCCUUGAGAUGCUCAUCAGUGGAGUCAUCAUCAGAAGCACCUGGAAAUGGAGACUCGUUAAUUGUAAAUAACUUGCAUACUUGUGUGGGAAAUAAAAAAGCUGUGCCUCCAAAAAUCUUAAGAAAUGGAAAGGAAGAAUUCCCCACUUCAGAAAUGGAGAAUGCAGGCGAAAAUGUUCUCCAGCCAGAGUCUACUAUGCAAAAAGAUGACCUUCUUGAGAAAGCCAGGGAUGAACUGGUAGAAGAGAUUGCAAGGUCAGUGUGCGAGUCAAGUGACAGUGGUGAAGAAAAAGGAAUGGCAUUAGAGGAUCUCGUGAGCUCACUGCGUUUUAACCCAUUUGUAACAAGGAAACAAAUCCCCCGAACUCCAGAGAAUCUGCUUACUGAAAUUAGAAGUUCGUGGAGAAAAGCUCUUCAGCCUGAGGGCUCCUUAGACCUGGAGCUGUCUGCAGCUGAAGUGGUGACAGAAGAAUCUUCAGUGAAUGCUGUGCCUGGUGUGCAGGAGGAGUUGCACUCUACCUGUGUGUGCUCUGAAGAUGGAUCUCCUGUAUCUGACGUGGGUCCUCCUGUGGCAGAAAAGAAGUCUCAAUUCAGUUCUACAGAAUCUAGUUCUCAGGAGCAGGUGAGCACAAAUCACACAUUUGAGUCUUCAGAUUCAAAAACAUCUGGAAUUCAGGAAAGUGAGAGAACAGACUCAGAGGAACUAGGUUGUUCUGCUUUGAGUGGAAGUUAUGUAGAAGAUCCAAGCCAGACUUUGCAAAAUUUAGAGAAGAGCAUGAAUAUUGCAGAUGCUUGUUUGAAAAGUGAUAGUAGAACAAAUGCACAACCUUCAGAGGACUGUGGCAGUUCUCUCGUGGAUGAGAUGCUGUGCCAGAAUGCAUCUGCCUUAAAUUCUGUCAGCCAUGGAACUGCUGACGUGGGGAUAUGGAAUGAGACACUUCCAGAAUGUGACACAGACUGCAGCACAUCUGCAUGCUCAGACUCUUUUUUUAGAAUGGACAGUGAAAAGUCAAUGGAUGACUCAGGAAAUGAUGAGGAUAUUAAAAAAAUGGACUUAGAUCUACCAUCCCUGUCCAACUUAUGUGAAGUGCUAAAAAAUACUGCAUCUGAAAGUGAAGAGGAGCUGUGUCAAACACAUCAUAGAGACAAAUGUGAAAGAGCUGAACUAAGCACAAUACCAGAAGAAGUAGAGGAAGCUGAUGCUGAUCCUUUGAUAGAUGAAGGAUUUCCCAAGGUGCCAUUGCCAAACUCUCCUCAUGAAAGCAAAUAUUCCCCAUCACCUUUACCAGUGUCCUUCCAACAGAUGGAUGGUGAAUGAAGUCCCAUUAGACUUACUACAUAAAUUGAAGUUGGACAAGAACAGUUGAGUUUAGAAUCUGGGCACGAAGGAACCUUCAUCAGGAUGGGGUUUGUAAAGCUGCAGCGGAACCGUAGCAGUGCAUUUCUGGUUCCCUUGAGCAUGCAGCAUCUUCUCCAAGCCUUGUCUGGAUUGGGAAGCUGCACUCCUUUUGGCGGAGACUGUUCCAGUUUCCUUGUUUAAAAGUAUCACUUGCCUGCUCUGGCACUGUCAGUUUAAUAUCAUCCACUGUGGCUUUCUAUGUACAGUAUGUUCUAUGCUCAUUUAUAUACAGAACUGGAUUUUCCUUUUCAAGCUUAUUUUAAACAGCAGAUGUUAAGUAAAUGGCAUAACCCUAGAAAAUGAAAAAAUGAAAUGUCAAAGGAGAAACAGUAAAAUCUGUUAAUUUGCUGCUAAUCCACGUCUCAUAGCCCAUCCUAACCCUCAACCCAGCAAACUGAAAUUUUAUUUGGUGCUCUACAUUGCCUUGCAUUUAUCUCUCUCACUGAAACUUCUGGUCUGUAUUGCCAUCAGUUUUGCUACCUGUUGCUAGAGGCUGUUCCCUUUUUCUAAUCUUUGCUGGAGUGCAUAUUUCUUUAGCUGUAUUACCAAAUCAAUAUUUUACACUAAAGUUAUAAAAGUUGAUUGCUUGUGACAGUGUUAAUGCUACUUGAUUUUAACAACUGACAUGCACUCAUUAUGUUGUAAUAACAAUAAUACAGGGAAUAGAGCGUGUGGUAAAGUGAGAAAGUACAACUUGAGAUUCCAAGAGGUAAACUUCUUGUAAAAGCACUGACUCCUGCCCUAAUAUGUUUAGAGACAUUGUUUAAAUAAAGUUGUUAUUCUGUU